AAUCUUUUGGCUGAUCCUCAACCUUCAUCUGACACGAGCUCUUUGAGCUCCUUUGGACUGGAUCCCGUAGUUUCUUCUACAUUCACCUUGUCCUCGGUUCCUACGUCCAAAUCUUCCUCCUCAAUUCGCAGUGACAAUCUAGUCUCUAUUGGUGCGACCUACUCUGUCUCUGGGGGGGCUGCCACUCGUUCCUCGACAAUCGGCCCUUCGGCUGGCACUGAGUUCGUACCCCAUGUGGCGAUCAGCCAUACCUCUGUUCAGCGCACUUCACCAUCACCUCCUCCUUCACUUUCUCCUUCACUUGGAAAGCCGGACCGUUCUUCACUAACAGCGCCAUGUUUGAAUCAAAGUCUGACUGCCAGGCUUGAUGAACGUGUGCUCAGACAGCUGGCCCGGCUACAUUCAGCUUUCGAGGUUCAUGCUUUAGCCCGUCUAGCUGAAGCUCUUCCCAGCCGUCGUCUUCAACUUGUAUUUCUCAUCAAUAACUAUGAUCUCGUUGCUACUGUAAUCACAGUAAGCUCAUUAUAUUCUCUGAGCUAG